AUGGCAAAAUCCCCAAAUGUCUUCGGAGUCCUCGAGCCUCUCCUAAAGACACUCAAACCAUCAGAGGUCGUGAAGCAGGACAGUGCAGAGUACUCCACUCACACUCAACCCUUUGCAGCCCAGAAUGACCUCUAUCCCUCUGUCGCUCUGGUUCCCGAAGAUACGCAAUCACUCAGUCGUAUCAUCCACUUCCUCUACACUUCGAAGCUCGAUUUCAACAUACGAGGCCAUGGGCUCAAGUCUCCAUCUGCACACGAUGUCAUCAUCAGUAUGACUCGUUUCAAAGGGUUCACUUUUGACUCAACCGAGAAGACGGUCAGUGUCGGUGCGGGAAUGACUUGGCUCGAAGUCCAAGAACAAAUGCGUGAAGUGGCCCCGGAUCAUACUGUGAUGUCAGCUCGUGCAGCACACGUCGGAGUGGCUGGAUCCAUCCAACUCGGCGGUAUCAGUUGGUUGUCCGGCGAGCGAGGCUGGAUCUCUGACCCCGCGAAUUUCAUCGAUGCGGAAGUUGUCAAGUAUGACGGAUCGGUGGCGAAUGCAUCGGAUGAGCCUGAUCUGCUCUUCGCUCUGAGAGGCGGUGGUGGAGGGUUUGGCAUCGUUACAAAAGUCACACUUCGUGCAUUUCCCUACCCUGAUAAAAUCUGGAGUGGAAAUAUAAUUGUUCUCCGUCACGAAUUGCCACGCUUUGCACGCGGUCUCGCUACUUUCAUCUCUACCAAUCCUACCCCAUCUCGAGUCUCAGCUCUUUUGAUAAUCCCAAGUGGCGGGGAGAAGACCGAAGAGGGCUUUGUUGGCGGCCCACUCACCCUCCAGGGCAGCCCACUCAUUCUCCAGGUCUACGAUGCGAAUGGCAGUGAGCAUGGGAGGGAGGUAUUUCGCUUCGCUCUUGAGAUUCCAGGCGCAAUGGAACACACAUCCGAGACGGAUUCACUGGGUGUGAUGGACCUACGAAAGAGUUCCGGUCAAGAGAGAGGAGCCCAGAAUAUGUACUCGGCAAGUCUAGGUCUGGCAGACGUGGAUUCCAACACUAUCUUACGAGGAGUCGAGUGGGUGGACAACAUGAAGACACAGAUUGGAGAGGGAUCCAUGAUGAUAUUCCAACUAUUUGCUUCAUCGCCACAUCUCAACGCCUCUCCAGGUGAUUGCGCGUGGCCUCGCCCUACUGAUAUGAAGCAUAUCUUGUUAUACUCGACAGGAUGUGAUGCCAAUGCUUCUUCGGAGCAAUCAAGUCUUGCCCGCCAGUUAGCAAUAGAUGCACCGCAACAAGUGCUAGGGGGAAAUUCUGAUAUUCACAUUGCUCCUUUGGGGCUAGAAGAGUUUCACGACCCUAGACCGACAUUUGGUGCUCAUUGGGAGAAGUUGGUGAAUCUGAGAUCAAAGUAUGACCCAGAGCGACGAUUCAAGGGGCUUAUUGGACAUGAAUUGUAA